UUGUAUUUGUUUUGAAGGUGCUACCUCAUUCCUAUACAGUAGAUGGCGGUAUCGCGCUAUCAAAACGCAACAAGGCGACAACGAAGAAGUGUAACAGCAGCUUGUAUAACUCCAAUAAUGGACACACGGUUCACUCGAGGGAAAUCCAACAUCUUGGAGCGCCCCUUGACGAGACCCAAGACGGAAGUCAGUGUGAGUGCAUUUGCAUUGCUGUUCUCAGAGAUGGUCCAGUACUGCCAGAGCCGAGUGUACUCGGUUUCUGAGCUGCAGACGCGCCUGGCCGACAUGGGCCAAAGUGUGGGAGCCGGCAUGCUGGAUGUGCUGGUGUUGCGGGAGAAGAACGGCAAAAGGGAGACAAAAGUGCUCAACAUGCUGCUCUUCAUCAAGGUGAAUGUAUGGAAGUCUUUGUUUGGGAAAGAGGCUGACAAACUGGAGCAGGCCAAUGAUGACGACAAGACGUACUACAUCAUAGAAAAGGAGCCGCUCAUCAAUGCUUACAUCUCUGUGCCGAAAGAGAACAGCAGCUUAAACUGCGCUGCCUUUACCGCAGGCAUUGUGGAGGCCAUCCUCACCCACAGCGGCUUCCCUGCCAAGGUCACUGCCCACUGGCACAAAGGCACCACACUCAUGAUCAAGUUUAAUGAGUCCGUCAUAGUCAGAGACAAGGCUUUGGAUGGCAGAUAAGGACGACGAGAGAUACCAGGGAGUUGGGUUUUUGUUUUGUUUAUCAAUGCAGGUCAAAUACCAAAAACAAUUCCGACUUUAUGUUGGGGUGAGAUUUGUUCAUGAGGUUUACUUUGUUUUGAUAAAAGACUGUGAUAUUCUGGCUGAUGCGGCAUCCUCAGUUGGAAAAGAUCUACAGUGGAUCCCCGCGCAUUUGCGUGUCAGCAAACAUCCACCCUUAGUCGAUAAUAAUUUCUAAAUAUGUGAUAUUACAGGUAAAAUGUCCAGCGUGUGCCACUGUUGGGGGGGAAAAAAAAAAGCCCGCAAUUUUUCCGUUUGCGUCUUCAUGCUUCACUGAUGUUUUUUUCAUGAAGGGUUGAGAUGUCCUACUGUGUUCGAUGGUCCUUGAAAGCACCAUAAUUGUGAGACCAGUAUGUGACUGAUUCCAUCUGUUCACUGAUCAUCUUACAUUAUCAUUCAUUAGUGGUGAGUACCAAUACAUUUUAUACUUGAAAUGGUGUGGUUAAACUGUGUGCGGCGUAUUGAAGAGCGACGUGGGAGGGUUCUGAAGCUGUAUCUAAUCUAAUAAUAAUUACAGUCUGAGGAACACGUCAAUGUCAAGCUGGCAGGAGGGUUUGGAGGGGGAGGAGCGAGCCGUGUGUCAAAAAUAGACAUUUUGUGUUUUUUUGUUUUUUUUGACAUUCUCCGGUGGUCCUGUAUCGUAACCAUCGUGAAAAGCGGGGAACUACUGUGUUUAGUUCGGUUUUGCAAAUUUUUUGCAGAUCAUGUCCUGUUCCUGAAUUUGCACAAGAAAAUAUAUGAUCAUUCCUGUCAACAGGUUGUUUUUGUUUCAAAAUCUUACAGCUGUGGUAGCUUGUUCUCAGCCAUCACUCCAUUGCAUUCAUCGUUUAGUUCAGUGUGCAUAUUGGUAAUCAUUGAUUUCAUGAUCAUUAGCCACACUGUUUAGAGGCACGUCUUAUUUUGAAAGAUGUCAGUUAUGAUUCACUCAAUUUUUGCACAUGAAAGUAGAAUUGAUUCUCAAAAGGGUCUCAAGACUCCUAACGUAUGGUAAUCAGCCUGAUAAUUAUACACUGACGAGGUGUAGGUUCUGUUGGCCUAGUUCUUGUCAAAUACUUCUAGUUAUAAAUUUAUAAAUUACACAAUGAGCAAUUUACAUACCAACAUAAAUAACACUACAACAUUUAAGAAAAGCUAAACUAAAAUAGUAAAAAAAGAAAUACAGCAAUAAUAGUAAUAAUUCCAUUCUUUUAAAUAAUGGCUAAAACUUAAAGGCUUACUUAUUCUGUGCUGGGUGAUUCAACGUUUCCGUGAUGUCAUUGGUCGGUGCGGUUGACAGCAGUCACAUGAUGGCGCCACGUGACAUCCCGGAAGCUGCCAUGGGUUUUGUUCUGUAUGAUGUAUUGUUCGUUCACCGCGACGCCGAGUCGCGCAUUGUGUAUGCGGACGAGACUCGACAAAUAUGAACAUGCUAAAACAUGCUCACCGUCCCGCGGUGGUUAUUGAGGUAAUUCCCUGCCUUUUGUCGCCAUUGUGAGCGUCCGAAACAUCACUAUGGCAUCUUCGAGGUGCGUUCAGGACCUUGCCACAGGUUUGUCAAAACAACCUCCUCUUCCCUGUUGUCUUUCAGUGAUGGACUUUUGUGCUUUUUCUCCUAAUUUCUCUAUUUUUAAAAAAUGACUAUGUAUACAGUAAAAAAAAAAAAAAAAAAACGUUUUUACUGAACGAAUAAUACACAGGUGAAGCCAUUCAUUCUAUUGUGUUUUUGUUUUUAUGUGAGGCCCCGUAUUUCUUUUGUAAAAAUAUUAUUCAAGCCGAAUACAUGUAUUGUUUUACGUGUACAACAAUAUGUAAAACAGUUUCACAAUUUGUAGUAGCUGCUGCACAGUUCAGAAAAAAAUACGAUGUUCUUGCUUAGAAAUGAGAUUGCGAUUCUCUGGAACACGCACAAACGACGUUUAUGUGUUUGUAAAGCACACUUUUAAAAAGUAUCAUAAUUUUCAAACUCCUUAUUGUCUUUUUCAGCUUUAAAGAAAUGAAUAAAAUGACGAAACAAUCCAUAAAGUCAAAAACAUUGCACGCUCGCGACUCACCCGUGCUACAGGGAGACUUUUUGUGGAAGCAGGUUAUACAGACACAAUGGCAAGCAGACGAGCAUGUGUAGUUUAGUUUUGUUUGCUGGAAACGCUCAGGAAGCGUACAAAAAAGAUUAAAAAUUGCACUGACAGCUUUUAAAGCUGUCAUGACAGGCCAGACGAACACGGGUACAAGAAAAGUAAGCCUAACUCAAACCAAAACAGAAAUUAUAGUAGGAAGCCCCUCAAUAAGCUCAAUGUGAUUGCUCAUAGAUGCUGUCUCAAAGAUGAAUUCCGCAAUAUAGUGCUAUAUUAUACAAUAUCAUAACUUUGGAGCAUCAAAAUGACAUCUUUGCUGGUUAUCACAAUCGGAAAUAAGUGAUUAAUACAUGGCAGCAUAUCAUGGAUGGCAGUGUAGCUUGUUUUUUUCUUUUUUCAUUAGUUUGUUCCUAUUUUUGAUUCCUGCAUUUGUGUCCUGCUUCCACCAUUGUAUGCCACAAAAAAAGUGACACUACGAAGAGAGACCUGUGUUUUCACAUCUUUUCACAAUCAUGAAGCAACCCGUGAGCCUUCGUCCAGUAGCAAAAGAACUUGUGUUCUUUAAUUACGUCUUGACUUGCAUAAUAAAUGUUUUUUUAUUGCAAGAUGAAACUCUAA